AAACUAGUAUAAGAGCUUGGUUGCUCAAACCAUUUUCUCUUCUCUCUGAAAAGAAACUCAACUUUUUUUCUUUAUCUUUAACAUCAAAAAACUUUUUCGAUAUCUUUACAACCAUUAAACAAAAAAUUUGGCCACUACAAGUUGAAAAAGUUUUGAUUAUAUCUAAUCGCUGAAAUGGAUUACAAGGUAUCAAGAAGUGGGGAGAUAGUAGAAGGAGAAGUAGAAGAUUCAGAAAAGAUUGAUUUACCACCUGGUUUCAGAUUUCACCCAACUGAUGAAGAACUUAUAACACACUAUCUAAGACCAAAGGUUGUAAACUCUUUUUUCUCUGCUAUAGCUAUUGGUGAAGUUGAUCUCAACAAAGUCGAGCCUUGGGACUUGCCUUGGAAGGCUAAGCUUGGGGAAAAAGAGUGGUACUUCUUUUGCGUAAGAGACCGAAAAUACCCGACUGGUUUAAGAACGAAUCGUGCUACUAAAGCCGGUUAUUGGAAAGCUACAGGGAAAGAUAAAGAGAUCUUCAAAGGGAAAUCUCUUGUUGGUAUGAAGAAAACAUUGGUUUUCUACAAAGGAAGAGCUCCUAAAGGAGUAAAAACAAAUUGGGUCAUGCAUGAGUAUCGAUUAGAAGGCAAAUUCGCUAUCGAUAAUCUCUCUAAAACCGCUAAGAACGAAUGUGUUAUUAGUCGUGUUUUUCAUACACGGACUGAUGGUACGAAGGAGCAUAUGUCCGUUGGUUUACCUCCGCUGAUGGAUUCUUCUCCAUAUCUAAAGAGUAGAGGACAAGACUCUUUAGCCGGGACCACCCUUGGUGGGUUGUUGUCUCACGUUACCUACUUCUCCGACCAAACAACCGAUGACAAGAGUCUUGUGGCCGAUUUUAAAACUACCAUGUUUGGUUCCGGAUCGACUAACUUUUUACCAAACAUAGGUUCUCUACUAGACUUCGAUCCUCUGUUUCUACAAAACAAUUCUUCAGUACUGAAGAUGUUGCUUGACAAUGAAGAAACCCAAUUUAAGAAGAAUCUUCACAAUUCAGGUUCAUCAGAGAGUGAACUAACAGCGAGUUCUUGGCAAGGUCACAAUUCUUAUGGUUCCACUGGUCCAGUGAAUCUUGAUUGCGUUUGGAAAUUCUGAAUUUGGAAAAUCGAAAAUUUGGAUGUUAACUAGGGGGUAUAUAGGGUUUUUAAAAACAGUGUAUAUAUGCGUUAUGUGUUAGCUUUAGAUUCUAGGAUAUACAAAGAUGACACUAAUAGAUUCUUAUAACAUUUUGUAAAAAAAAAUCAUUGUAGUGAAUACUCUCUUGCCAUUUGAAAUCCAUUGUGUUUGCAUAUUUAAGGUGUUCAUAAAUUGUCAUGCUGAAUUGUGUUUGCAUAUUCUCAUUAUUUCCCUGUUUGUAAUUAAUGAUUGUAACAUACCUAAGUAGAUAAUAUUAGAUU